AUGUCCUAUAUGCAGCAAGAGAGUAUGGGCAGUGUGAAUAAAAACCCAGUUGAGCAGUUGGAAAUCCAGCCUGCAGGCAGCGGCAGCCAAGCCAAAGUCGAACCUGUGGUCGAUUACGACGAAAAUACAUCGGGCGAUUCAGAGAAGGAGCCUACAGAAGAAGAAUGCUAUUCUCUCAGACGCGUUGCGGGACCUUUGCCGUGGUCUGCGUUUCUAGUUGCUCUGGUUGAAUUGUGUGAAAGGUUCGCAUACUACGGAAUCACAGGACCUUUUCAGAACUACGUUGAAAACCCCUACAAACCCGGUAGCCCAACUCCGGGUGCGAUUGGACUUGGCCAAUCCGGUGCAACUGGAUUGACAAGCUUCUUUCAGUUUUGGUGCUAUGUCACUCCUACCCUUGGUGGCAUUGUGGCCGACCAAUAUCUGGGGAAAUACAAUACCAUCCUUCUGUCUUCCAUAGUAUAUAUUGUGGGCUUGGUGGUUUUGUGCUGCACAUCUUUACCUGUGGCUAUCACACAUAAUGCAGCGCUCGGUGGCCUUGUGGCUGCCAUGAUUAUCAUUGGUCUUGGGACCGGUGGAAUCAAAGCCAACAUUUCUCCUUUAAUCGCAGAACAAAUCCAGUUCAAAAAAUUAUUCGUGAAAAAAUUGAAGUCUGGGGAGCGUGUUAUUGUGGAUCCUGCUCGGACUAUUGAACGAGUGUAUAUGAUAUUUUAUUUAUGUAUUAACAUUGGAUCUCUCUCACCUAUUGCGACCACAUCAUUAGAGAAACAUAUUGGUUUUUGGGCUGCGUAUCUACUACCAGCAGGCGUAUUCCUUAUUUCAUUUACCGUCGCCGUUCUUGGGAGAUCGCAGUAUGUUGUGCGUCCGCCAAAGGGAUCAGUUAUUCCACAAGCACUCAGAAUUAUAUGGAUUGGUAUAAAGAACAAAGGCAACCUCGAUGCAGCAAAGCCUUCCUAUAGAGCCAUUGUUGGAGGUAGAAUAUCCCCUGUUCCCUGGGAUGAUCAUUUUGUGGACGAAAUAAAACGGACGCUUGUCGCCUGCAAAGUUUUUGUGUAUUUUCCUAUUUACUGGGUCUGUUAUCAGCAGAUGUUGACCAAUUUCAUAUCCCAAGCGGGUACUAUGGAGCUUCAUGGUAUUCCAAAUGAUAUUAUGCAGAAUAUUGACCCGUUGACCAUCAUUAUUUUUAUUCCAAUUUGCGACAGGUUGCUAUAUCCUUUUCUGCGAAAAAUGGGAAUUCCUUUCAAACCAGUUACCCGUAUUGCAACUGGCUUCAUAUUGGCGUCACUUUCUAUGGCGUAUGCUGCGAUUGUACAACAUCUGAUCUACCAGUCACCGCCAUGUUAUCAGUUCCCCAAAAAGUGUCCGGCCAGCAAGGAUGGCAAACAAGGAAACCAUAUCCAUGUGGCAAUACAGACUCCAGCUUAUCUUUUCAUUGGAUUGUCUGAAAUAUUUGCCAGUAUUACCGGAAUUGAAUAUGCCUUUACCAAGGCACCCGCCUCGAUGAAAUCCUUUGUCACUGCGGUAUUUUUGUUGACAAGCGCUUUCGGCGCUGCGCUUGGUAUCGCAAUAUCGCCAACAGCUAAGCAUCCUAAGCUUGUUUGGAUGUAUACUGGUUUAUCAGUUGCCUCUGCAAUUGCCGGUGUCAUAUUCUGGUUGUUGUACCACCGGUACAAUGAAACAGAAGAGGAAAUGAACUCUCUUGAGGUUGAGCAGAGAGAUGAUGAAAAACCAGUAGCCGCGAACCAAAUAGGGAUUAGUGGCCGCCGUGACGAUUAUUCCUAA